AUGGUGAUGGCGCCUCGACGUCAGAGCGUGUUUCGUCCGUGCAUUGACUUGCAUCAUGGCAGUGUCAAGCAGAUUGUAGGCGGUUCGCUUCGUGAUGCGAAGGAUGGCCAGGGCGACGAUACAGAGGCGCUGCGUACCAACUUUGUAGCUGAGCAUCCACCUUCGUACUAUGCGAAGCUCUAUGCGCAGCACGACUUGCGUGGUGGGCAUGUCAUCAAGCUGGGCCCCGGCAACGAUGAUGCGGCUACAGAGGCACUACAGGCAUGGCCGAACAGGCUACAUGUUGGCGGUGGCAUCACGUCGGAGAAUGCUAUGACAUGGAUCGAGCGUGGCGCAGAAAAGGUCGUUGUCACGUCGUACUUAUUCCCCGCUUGCCAGUUCUCCCUAGAGCGUUUGCUGGAUUUAGAGGCGCGUGUCGGUCGUGAGCGUCUGGUUGUGGACAUAAGCUGCCGUCGACGUGGCGAUGAGUGGGUCGUGGCGAUGAACCGUUGGCAGGAUCUCACAGAUAUGGUUCUAUCGAAAGAGUCGCUGGAUCUCGUUUCGGCGCAUUGCAGCGAACUACUCAUCCAUGCGGCGGAUGUAGAAGGUCUGUGCCGUGGCAUUGACCAGGAUCUCGUGCAGCGCUUGGGCGAAUGGACGACCAUUCCUACGACCUAUGCAGGUGGCGCGCGACGUACGUAUCGCAUGGCUGACGUGGCAGAUCUGGAGGAUAUGAAGUUGGUGGACACACUUUCGCAGGGACGUGUGGAUCUCACGUUCGGCAGUGCGCUGGACAUUUUCGGAGGUACGGGCGUUACGCUGGCGGAGCUCGUAGCGUGGAACGAGAGCGCACACGCCUUGCGUCUACGUGUUUGA